AAAGCUAGCGACAACUGGUAGCGACGGACGCGUUUAGUAUCGCUCGUGUGUCAUCCAUAUCAGAUCCCUCCGACGCCCUGUGUUUGAAAUGUAAAGUACUGGACCUCUUUGAAAGGAUCAGUUAGAGCGAACAUUGAACAUUGUGUGAAAUUGGAUGAACUUUCGCCAUGAUUCGCUACACAUUAUUCGCUGUUAUGGUGGUCGUGUUUCUGUCAUAUGUUUCCGGGCAAACCGACUUGGCACACAGUUACACCCCGGACAAACAACCUCUGAAUGAGACGGCGUUGUUUGUGGCAGACGCUUUAUAUAAACACCCAGUUCUUUUCCGUAAACUUCUCAAGAUCGGCGCUGCUGCUAAGCCGUUGUUGAAGCUAGGGGGAAAUGACCCCAAACUUGGCAUGUUUUGGAACUUUGUUCUGGAUAUGUUACCAGGACUGCUGCAGUCGCCGGAAACCGCCAGCAUCCUGGAAAUCCUGGCCGACGAACUCCACCGAGUCAACAUCACUGAUGUGUAUGGCUUUCUCCAAGCUCAUAACAUGACCCAAGACAACCCACAGGCAAAGCAGAUGGUGAGCGGCGCCAUUUGGAAAAGAUUCGAUAAACUCCGAACUGUCCGGAGAAUCCUGACCGGCAAUUCUGCUCGUCAUUUUCUUCCCAUGACCAGCAACGACACCAUCACCGAUGUCUGCUACAACGACAUGAUGAACUUCAUGGACGCCAUGAUCAGCGCUCAAAUACCACCCAGAGACGCCCUUAACUACACCUUCAUUCCCUGGGCGCUGAACAUGCUGGACUCCUACGGCAAGCCGCCUAGUGGUAUUUUCGAGGGAAAUGUACACUGGCUGGGCGAACCGAAGGAAUGUCGGAGCAUACACGCGCAGUUGGCUCCUGGAGUUAUCCUUGGUAACAAAACGCUUACCUCCCCUAUCGACUUCAAAGGAAAAUACUGCCGGGCUGUGUUUCAUCAUCUGCCUUUGGUUGCGGACAUCUCUCAAAUGGAUGACACAGUGACGUGGGGCGUGUGUGUCCCCGAUACGUGUAGCGAGCAGGACGUGGAAGAAAUGUUCCAAUUAGGUUUCAUGAAGAAUUUCCAGACGACUCCCGAUAAUGUCUCAUGUUCAGACAUCCAGGAACCUACUGGUCAUGUGCCCGUCACGCCCCGGACUCCCACGACCGGUCCCCCCACCACUACAUUUUCCAGUCGUCCCAGUGUUGCAGCGAACUCCCUUUUCACAUCGUGUUCCGACUGCAAAGAUCGAAUCAAGCCAGACGAAUGGAUGAACUGUUUCUUCUCCAGUUUUGACACCGACAAAAAUGGCAACAUCAGCAAGCGUGAAUGGUGGUCCGAGAGCCACAAGCUGGGGCUGGACACGACUGACCAGGGCCAGAUAGCGCGAGCCUUCAUCCAGCUGGACAUCAACAAGGACCUCCAGAUAGACGCACCUGACCUCAAGUAUCUCUUCGCCUUCUCUGACGACAACGGAGAUGGGUUUGUCAACCUCCAGGAGUUCAGCUACAACUGGCAGUCUGUCGUCUCGUAGACUUCAAUCACAUCACCUGUCAAGAUACCACACUGUUAAUAAACGCCGUUUAACGCUUGUAA